AUGACCAGCAUAGAAGGCGACACAGUAAUUGUGCCUCUGGAGGUUAACUUCAUGAUCAGUGUUAUCAUUAACAGCAUCACCUGUCCUUUCACAGUUCUGCUUAACGUGCUCGUAAUUAUAGCCGUCAAAAAAAGACGACGACUCCGAACUAACAGCAACAUCUUGCUGGCCUGUUUAGCGGUGACUGACGCAUUAACUGGUCUCUUUGGUCAACCGUCAUAUGUCCUUUGGAGGAUAUUCCUAAUAUUUGGCCUCGGUGGCAGUGAAAUACUUAAACAAUUUAACGUCAGUGUUAUGUCUACACUUUCAUCUGCUUCAAACCUUCAUCUGAUGUUGGUUACUUUCGAGAGGCUCAUAGCGAUCAAAUAUGCGAUGCACUAUUCAAACGUUGUAACUAAUAACAAACUGAAGAUAGCUGUGUUAGCAAUUUGGAUCAUUGGUUUCGUGUGCGGUACUUUAGUUGCGUUAAAAAUGUACCUGGCUAUGCUUUAUAUCGCAAGCCUCAUCACGAUUUCAUGUAUCGUGCUCGUUGCCUUCGCAUAUUUGAUUUUGUAUCAUGAAACCUGCCGUCAUCGAAGGAAGAUAAAAGCACAGCAACUGCCCCAAGAAGAAGUGGAAAGAUCUAUCAAAGAGAACAAAGCACUUAAGACAACAGUGUUUGUAGUUGGUGCUAUCAUUGUGAGCCUUCUUCCGCUUGGUUUCUGUCUCAUCGGUACAGCUAUAGACCUCUUUGAUACCUGCCCCAUUGAUGAACCAAUUUGGAAAACUUGCAGCAUGUUAAACUCGUUUGUUAAUCCAUUGAUCUACUGCUGGAGACAAAACGAAAUGAGAAAGUUCGUACUUAGAAUAAUGAAGUAGGGCAAUAUGACAGAAAAACUAGAAAAAAACCUGUUUAUGUAAACUUUAAACUCACUCGAUAAACAAACUCCUCAGUUAUUGCUCUAUAUCAUAAUCGUAUCAGUAACUUGUGACACGAAACCUCUGAAGGCUAAGAGUUUAUUUUCAAACUCAGUUCUGAAGUCUUAAAUUGAAGUUAUAGCUUAAAGUUACCAGGGAAGUCACGUUAUUUUCUUCGCAUUCCUAAGAGGUAUAUUUAAACAUCGCCUCAAUACCUGAGAGGCGGAAACCCCAUGUCAGCUGUACUUAUUUAUAUCAGGCAUUACCGCGAAAUUAUUAGCAAUAUAUCAAUAAAUAUAUCAGUUAAGGGGAAAGUUAUCUCAAGAGAUGAGUUCAAAAGGAGUUAAUGAUUCUCUUUUCAAUUUAUUAAUGAUACUUUUUAUGAACCCGAAAGCAGCCCUUGAACACGAUAGUAGCCCUUAAAAAAGAUAUUAAGUUCGCCUCUAAGAUCCGUAUUCUGAUAAUUUUUCCGAAAAAAAGGGCAAAUGAAAUCAGAAAUUGAAAUGAGAGAAAACAUAUGUUAAAUAAGACUUUGAAAAUCAGUUCAUCAGUCUCUCCAAGAUAUAGACAUCUCUUAUGCUUCGAGAAUUGCCAACUUCUGCACACAUAAAGUGAGGAUUAGGCAAUUUCCUGAAGCCAGAAAAUGCUGAUCAAUGGUAACUAGUAAAUUCCCUUUGAUGUGAUUCAAACAAACGAAACAGCGGAAUAAAAAAGGGAGAAUCCUCAUGCAAUGCAAACCCAGAACUGCAGAGAGUAAACUAAAUAAAUUCCACUCCUGGAGUGAAUAUUAGCUUCUCUUCAACUACGCUUUAAAAAUCAGAUUGUGUAUGCAAACUUUCAAAUCAAACUUUCCUGAACAUAGCACGAAAUAUAUACAAUUGUAGUUAAAGAGAAUUUCGUUGACUGAGUGCAAGGACACGGGUCAGCAGAGUGUACAUGAAUAAUCAUCGAGGCUUUCCACCUCUCCUCCUUAUUUCUCUCUUUCACAUGAUGGCUGGAUGCACGACUUGGGUUCUUAUUCUAAAUACAAGCUUCCUCGUUUCUUUUUGUCUCCAGCAUUAAAACAGUGGAUCAAAAAGCAGUUUAACAUAGCAAAUGUUUGCGUCAGUACUUCGUUGAUAGGAAAAAUAUUAGAAAGGCCUGUAGUUAAAACGACCAGAAAGAAGCCAAGUGGGAGUAGGCAGACAAAAAAAAAACACCAACUACAAACACAGUUGCCUUAAGCGACUUGUUCUCUUCGGUUAAUAUUUCCAUUUCCUCUUAGGGAAGUUGCUCCACUGUUAUAUUCCUUUGGUGUCGACGCGUUUCAUGAUACAAAAUCAGAAUAGUGAAGACAACGAAAACGACACAUGAAACAGUGGCAAGGCCUGCCAUCUAUGGAAGCAGUACUAAAUGCACUAAAACACGCUGUAAACCCGGCACAAGAGGGCAAUGAUCCAAACUACAAAAAGUGCUAUCUUCAUGUUAUUAUUAGUUACACGUCCUAGUGGCAUAAAGUCAAUUUGAUCGCCAUGAGACUCUCGAAAGCAACCAAAAUCAAAUAAAGGGAUGAAGCCAUAAUUAAUACUGCAAUAAAAGUACAAUGGACAUUUUCAACUAUGACACUGCUUCUGAGAUCAAAUAAUAGGAACAGUCUCCACAGUAUGUACGAUGGCUGGUCAAGGAAACAGGCCAGCAAAGGGGUGGCUGUUGGUUGAGGGUCGUGGUCUUCUCUUUACGGCCAUUAUCAUCAGUACGUUGAGUAGAGCUGUAAAGGGACAACUGACAGUGUAGAUUAUGGUAACAAUGACAUAAUUCACCAGAACAGGAUUAUUUACUAUGUUGCCCUCUGUACUGGUUAUGUUUGAAGCGUUUGUUAACCUCGCCUAAGAGAAGUUUGCCGUGUCGAGUGGGAAGCUUAUUACAAGUCAAUGAGAUCCCAUUGAUUUUUAUCUAAUAUUUACUACUGAUUUUGACUUUGAUCAACCGCUAAAAUAAAAGUGCUUAUAUUUUAAAACGAAGGGAGAAAAAGGCAGAGGAAAUCUGUUUAUUAAACAGUAAGCAGUUUCAGCAUCAAAUUAGAAUGACCUCUUGGCCCAUAUUUUAUAUAAUUAUAACAGUUUAUUAAACUCUCUUGCAGUAACUUACUGAAUUAACGAGUUAUAAUGCAAUGAAAAGUUAACAAAAUCAACUAUGUACAUUUCUGUGUAUAUUAAGUAUCAAUUAUGUGCACCACACCAGAACAUGCAUCACAUUUGAUAAAAAUAAUUAAAAGUGAAAAGGUCUUCGGUGCGCUUCGUUCUACAAGUAGUAACGUUUUUGUAAAAGUACAGCUGGCCUGAUUUGUGCCUGAGGGUGUAGGGACAGAUAUCGUCUAGGCGUGUUGGUAGAACAGGAUGAAGAUGGUGGUUUAAGUUCUUCAUCGAACUCACGAUAGAGAAUCUCUGAGUUCAUAUAGAAGAGUCCGUCAUCAAGUUGCUCAAAAAAAAAACAAAAAUUUGAAGAAUCGAUAUAUGAGAUUGAGUUAUCCUCAUUAUGCUUUAAAUUCACCCUAACCAAUCAAAUUAACGUAUCAAUUGAAGAAAUGGUAAUUACUACAAUUUAUGCAGGAGAAAUUCUCAAGUUGAUCAGAGUAUUCAAAAAAUUCUUAAAUCCAAACAUAUUGAUCCAUAAGGUUCAAUUGAUCUCUAUAAGGAAUCCAACUCAGCAAAUUACGUUUCUGUGCUUUUCUUUUAAAAACUCUAAAGAUGGUAAGCAACGAAGGUGACAGAGUAAAUGUUCCACAAGAGGUUAGUUACUUUAUCACUAUUAUCAUUGACAGCAACACUUGCCCAUUCACAGUUCUUCUUAAGGUGCUGGUGAUAAUGGCCGUGAAAACAAGACCAACAAAUACAUCUUGCUGGCCGGUUUAGUGGUGCCUGACACAUUAACUGGUCUUCGUGGCCAGCCAUCAUACAUCCUUUUGGGGAUAUUCCAACUGUUAGGUCUCAGUACCAGUGAAACAGCUGAAAAUUUGCAUUUCAAUUUCAUGAAUUUCAUUUCUCUACUUUGGACGCUUAUGCCUUCAUCCAAUGUUGGUUACUUUUGAGAGGUUUAUCGCCAUCAAAAUUACGUCGCACUACCCAAACAGUGCAUGUCACUGAUAAGAAAAUAACGAUAGCACUGAUUGCAGUUUGGAUCAUUGCCUUCGUGUGUAGAAUGUUUGAGGCCUUAGAGAUGUAUCUAAUAUUUUAUUCUAAAGCAAGCCUUGUCGCUAUUUUGUGAAUCGUUUUCGUUGCCAUCGCAUAUGUGAUUUGAUAUCAUUAAACGUGUCGACAUCAAAGGAGGAUAAAAGUACAACAACUGCCCCAAGAGGAGGUGGAAAGAUUUACCAAAGAAGACGAGGCGAUUAUGACAACUUUGUUUGCAGUUGGUGCUGUUAUUGUCGGCCUUCCUCAAGUUUCUUUGUGUCUCAUCAUUUUAGCUACAGGCCAUUGUAGCUUUUGCCCCAUCAACGGACCAAUGUGGCAAUUCUUUGCCAUGCCACCCACACACACAACCCCGAAUUCCUCCAAUAGCUCUGACAAAGGGCUAACGCCCAAAAAGUCAGCUUUUGAACUCUUUUCGGUGGCUAACUCAGUUGAUAAUACUAAAUUAGCAUGCUAAACUCGUAUGUAAAUCCAUUGAUCUACCGCUGGAGGCAAAAAGAAAGGAGAAAGCACGUUCUUACACCUUGUACAGGAAGAACCCAGCUCGUGCAUCCAGCCAUCCAGCAAAGAAGGAGAAUAUGGCAGAAAGACUGAAAAAAAAGGUCCUUGUCGUUGGUUUAUGUGACAAUAUAUUUUUUGUUAGGAGUGUUGAUUCGUAUAUUGCGCGCAAAAUCUGAUUCUUAAAAGGACUAUUUGAACCCACGGAAAAAAAUCUUUGCAAGAAGGGUACAUCUGUAGUAAUAAGCCUCAGCCUAUUUUUUCUUUAGCAAAAAGAGCUACAGAGUAAUGAUUGCAAUUGAGUUUUUCUUAUAUUUGUUUAAGAUACGUAGAAAUGUUUCGUUCUUGUCUCAUGGUCGACAUAGGAAUUAGGUAAUUGAAUUGAAAUCUCCUUAUGAUUUCAUCAAACAUAUAAAGUACUGACAAUGCUGGGAACUUGUAUUGACAUCAUCAUACUCCCGUCAAUAUUUAACGUUGUUCAAUUAUGUUCUUCGGGGCUGUAACUAAACUUAUCCAAUUUCAAAUUGACUUGGGGAGUUACCCUCCUUUAGUCGAUGCACGACCUGGUUCUCAUUCUCGAUACUAACUUCCUAAGCGCCCUAUUUUCUUUGGUUCAUCUUUUCUAUUUCUUUUUAAUCGGUUCCUGUGCUUUUAUCUUCCUUUGUUGCUGUUAUGCGAAGUCGUCCACUGAACAAGAAUAACUGGUUGUAGAUGCUAAAAGUGUCAUCAACCAAAUUCACUGGGAACUUUUCGGCUCCUUUCAAAUCUUGCACACGCUUUGAGUUUAGUCAAUCGCUGAGAAAAAGUAACGCUGUGAUGUAAAAUGCCGUAAUAAUUCUGGCCAUGCAUGCUUGAAAUGGCACCUUGUGCUAAGGGGCAGGUGAUAACAAAGUUAUCUCGACAUGAAGAGUUACUAGAUCUGAUAAUUAUGCGAUCAUGACUGACACUAUAUUUCUUCUCUAUAUAUAAUAAUGUGUUUAAAGAGACAGAUGAGAACUUCCUGAUGUGUUUUCAAUCUUUGAAAUAAUAAUAAUAAAAACAAAAACAAAAACAAAAACCUCUAACAGGCUCAGCAAAAGGUAGUGUAUCAAUGUUUUGAUGCAAUAUUAACCGUCCUCAACCGCGCUCUACAUAUUUUCUUUUUUUUUUUUUUUAACCUCCUAUCCUGUAUUAUGGAAAAAACAUGCAAAGUAUAAAACUGUGACAUCGAAGAAGAGACGGGUGUCGAAUAAAUUGGUAUUUUUUGAUGAAAAUCUUCGUGGACGAACCUAAAGAGGAAUAAUAUUCUUGACAAUAAAAACCUAAAUGCAAAUAACUGACUUUAAAUUAAGCCCAUAAAACCAAAGUAAGAUGUCAAAUAAACUAACAGCUAAUACUUUUCUUCUAAUAUAGUUUUUUAAUUAGGAUAAGAAGCCAUGUAACUAUAAAUAUCUAUAUGGUUGUGUAGGGCGAAUCAAUUUCCUAAAUAACAAGGUAUAUGAAGAAACGAGUAGGCUACUAUAACUUACAGAGACCACUUCAAUGGGCUGAAACCAUUUUUGAACUAGUGAUUAAUAAAAAGUCGGCAGUGAUUUUAAUUAUUUUGGAUUAAGAAUGAUAUCUGGGCCGAGCUUGAAGGAGAUUCAUUUGAUAAGGCGGCGAAGAAAGUUCCCACGUAAGCUUCUUUUGUGGUGUUGUCCUUAAGCUACUUACUAUUCAAAGCUUAGCUUUUCGCUGCCUUCUCCCUUCUCGUGCAAGAAUAAUAAUAAUAAUCUGUUGAAAACAUUAAUUUUAGCGAUAGAUCAGAUACAAAACAGCAAUAGAAGUCAUGAGUUCAUCUCACAGACUUAGUAGACUUACAAUAAUCUACCAACUCGACAUGGUGAAUUUUUCAAAGCUUAGCUUUUGGCUGCCUUUUCCCUUUUAGCGCAAGAAUGAUAAUCUGUUGGAAACAUUUGCACAUUUAUUUUAGCGAUAGAUCAGAUACAAAACAGCAAUAGAAGUCAAGAGUUCAUCCCAAAGACUCAGUUGACUUACAAUAAUCUACCAACUCGACAUGGUGAAUUUUUCUUUGGCUAGUUUUUAGAAACGCUUUCAGACUGAUAAAAAAUUUCUUAUGCCCCAUUUUAUAUUUACAUAUGUAUCCGCUAACGUUCUGAUAAUUUUCCUAAACAGAAUCAAUAUUUUGAAUAAUCAAAAAUAAAAAAAUCAGAAUUAGGAGUUUAUAGGAGAGCCUCAUAAAUUGUUGAAUGCCUAAUCAGUAGUGUUGUUAGCUUCAUAAAGAGUUUCAUUUAUCAUAGGGAAAGUACAUCGUAAAGCAUUUGCGCUAUUGAACAAAUCUCUCGAGAUAAUUUCCCCCUUCAAUAUUACCACGAUAACGUAAUUAAAAUAUUGCUGAUAGCAUUUUCGAAAGUGUAUGAUUGUUUAUCAGAUAUGCAUACCAUCAAUUGUAAUACGGCAGACAUGGGAGAUCCGUGCGUCAGGUUUUGUGACGAAUUGAACUACAUUCGAUUUUGGUUGGGUUGAUAUGUCAUGAAACUCUCUCAUUAAUGUUAGUUUUAUAGCCAUUCCCAACAGAUGUUGGAGUUCCAAACGCCAUGAAUGUAACACAUUGCUUAAAAAACUUAAAACUGAAUUAAUCAUACAAUUAGAAAUUGAAAUACGUGAGAAAAUAUCAAGUUAAACCACAUGCACACUAAAAUGGAGCUAGUGGAUAAAAGCCUCCCAAAAACAUCUAAAAUCCAGCGAAAUGAUACAAACUGUGCGGUUGGUAUCAAUAACGUAUCCAACUCAACACAUCAAACUUCUUCGAGUUUCAUUUGCGAACGCUAUAACGAUGACCAGCAUAGAUGGCGACACAGUAAUAUUCCCACCGAAUGUUAAUUGCAUUAUCAGUAUUAGCAUUAACAGUAUCGCCUGUCCUUUCACAGUUCUGCUUAACGUGCUGGUAAUUAUAGUCGUCAAAAAGAGACCACGACUCCGAACUAACAACAAAAUCUUACUGGCCUGUUUAGUGGUGACUGACGCAUUAACUGGUCUCUUUGGCCAACCGUUAUAUGUGUUGUGGAGCUAA